AUGAGUAAACAUCGACAUUCAAAGGAUAAAUUAUAUGUGACUUACAGUGAGCAUAUGCUUGAAAGAGGUGGCAAGAAGGAGAAUAAAGGGACUCCUCUCACUCGAUUGCCGUUUGAUCAUUGUUCACUAUCUCUUGAACCUUUUAAAAAUCCAGUUUGCACAUCUGAAGGUCAUGUGUUUGAUAUUGUCAACAUUGUGCCAUUCAUCAGAAAAUACAAAAGAAAUCCAAUCAAUGGAUAGGCUCUUAGGACAAAUGAUUUGAUUCAAUUAAAAUUUCAUAAAAAUGACAAAGGACAAUAUCACGAUCCCAUAAGUUUCAAGGUAUUCACCGAUCAUACCAAAUUGGUGGCCAUCAAAGUGAGUGGCAAUGUAUUUACUUCUGACACCAUUGAAGAAUUGAAUCGAAAACCUAAAUUUUGGAAGGAUCUUAUAAGUGGUGAACCCUUUACCUAUAAAGAUAUAAUAGUUUUGCAGGAUCCUAAGAAUAUUGAAUCAAGAACAAUUAAAAAUUUUGAUUUUCUUAAAAACAAUCUCAAAUUAGAUCAAUCAACAGAAGAUGAUGUAUAUGUAAAUUUAAAUGAUAGUGGAAAAAGAAUCAUGGAAAUGGCAUAAGAAUAGAAUGUGAAUAGACAAAAAGAGUAAAAAGAUAGAGAAAAACAAUCAUUUGAAGAAAUUGAAUAGAUAAAAAAGAAAGUUAAAGAACAAAUGGAAUCAAAUUAAUUAAGCGUAAAAGAAUUUUUAGAACUUUCAUCUAAAUCUGGUGAUUUUGUAUCUGAGAGAUAUGCAACUGAACAUGAUUCUGUUAGUGUUACUAGUACAUAAAUGACAUUGAAGACUAAACCAUUAGGGUAGGUUUAAUAUAGAAAUAUGAAUGAGGAUGAAAUCAGAAAAUUACUAUAUGAGAGAAUACGUAAAUCUGGAUAGAAAGGUUACGUAUAAUUAAUCACUAAUUAUGGAAACAUUAAUUUUGAAUUGCAUUGUGAUCUGGUUCCAAUGACAUGUGAGAAUUUUCUAGAAUUAUGUGAAAAAGGUUAUUACAACCAAACAAAAUUUCAUAAACUAAUUGAAAAUGAGUUGUUGGAAGGAGGAGAUCCCACAGCAACAGGAUAUGGUGGUGAAUCCAUCUUUGGAAAACCUUUUAGAAUUGAAAUCAAUAACUUAUUGUCUCAUAGCAAAGCUGGAAUGGUAUCUAUGGGUAAUCUGGGUGCCACUCAUUAAACAUCGCAUUUUUUCAUCACCUUAGCUGAAUGUAAGAAAUACGAUAGUAAAUAUGCUGUCUUCGGGGAAGUAGUUGGUGGAUUCUAAACCUUAUAUUAAAUCAAUAAAUUACCAACUAAUAUGUGGUAGAGACCUGAAGUUACAAUCAAAUUAAAAGAAUUAAAAGUAAUUAAGAAUCCUUUCAGAGACAUGAUUAAAAUAAUGUUAUAAGAAAAAGAAGUAGAAAAGGAGUAGAAAUUAUAAGAUAAAGAGAAAGAAAGAUGGUUGGAUGACGAAGGAUUCUCGCUACCUACAAGAGUUUCAACUGCAACCUAAAUAAAAGGCUUGGGAUUGGCUUCUAAUCUAAUCCAGUAAUUUAGCACACAGGAACAAUAAAAAAAAUAAUUAAAAUAAUUUUCUUUUGAUAGUUGGUUAUGA